GCGCUCGCGUGACGUCACUAGAGCGCGCCAUGGAGGAGACGGCGGUCCCGGAGCUCCGCCGGGAGGGCAACGAGCUCUUCCAGGCAGGCCGCUAUGAGGAGGCGCUGGCCGCCUACACCCGGGCCCUCAGCCUCUGCCCUGGGGAUGGCGAGGAGACCGACUCGCACCGCGCUGUCCUCCACCGCAACCGCGCCGCCUGCCACCUCAAGCUGGAGGACUAUGUCCAGGCAGAACUGGAUGCUUCUAAAGCCAUAGAAGCUGAUGGGCAUGACGUGAAGAGCCUCUUCCGGCGCAGCCAAGCCCUGCAGAAACUGGGCCGCCUCGACCAGGCCCUCAUGGACCUGCAGAGGUGUGUGAGCCUGGAGCCCAAGAACAAGGCCUUCCAGGAGGCUCUGCGCAACCUUGGCAGCAGCAUGCAUGAGAAGAUGACAGCCAUGUCCCGCACAGACUCCAAAGUGGAGCAGAUGUUUAAGUUGCUGCUCGACCCUGAAGAAAAAGAUCUGGACAAGAAACAAAAGGCAGCUCAGAAUUUGAUUGUUUUGGCUCGUGAGGAGCCUGGUGCUGAGAAGAUUUUCCAGAAUGACGGGGUGCGCCUCUUGCUACAGCUGCUAGAUACAGGUCGGGCGGACACGGUGCUAGCAGCUGUGCGAACCCUCACUGGCCUUUGCAGUGGGCAUCGUUCUCGGACUGCAGUGAUCCUGGCUGAGCUGGGGCCGCAGCGCCUCUUUGCUAUCCUAGAGAUGGAGGACGAGCAAGUCUCGCUGGCAUCCUACAACCUGCUGCAGGUUAUGUUUGAUGCCCUCAAGGAGGGGCUGCAGAGGGACGUGCGUGGCAAGGAGGAAGCUGUGGUCUUGGAUACAUCCAAAGAGCUGAAAUUGCUCCUCAAGCAGCUGCUGGAAGCCCUGACACGGGAGAACAUUUCCUCCUAUGGCCGGGACAGCAUCCUCAACCUGCUGAUCAGUGUGGUGCCCCGGAAGUCGCUGAAGGACCCAAACAAUUGCCUGACCCUCUGGGUCAUUGACCAGGGUCUCAAGCAGAUCCUGGAGGUGGGGGGCACAGUGAGCCACAGUCCUGGGGGCCUGCGGGUGACAGAGAAUACUCACAUGAGCGCAGCCGUCCUCCUCAGCAAGCUCUUCGGGGACCUGAAGUGUGACGGGGAACGGGAGAAUUUUCACCGGCUGUGCGAGGACUAUGUCAGGGGCUGGUUCCAGGACCAUGGCGUCCCUGGGAAAUUGCGGGCCAUCCAGACGGCCUCCUGUCUCCUGCAAGGCCCCUCUGAGGCUGGGAACAGGGUGCUGGAGAUGAGUGGCAUCAUGGAGAGCAUUCUGGCCUUGUGCGCCUCAUCACGGGAGGCCGACCAGCUCGUGGCCGUGGAGGCCCUGAUCCAUGCUGCCGACAAGGCCAAGCGGGCCACCUUCAUCACUGCCAAUGGGGUGACACUACUCAAGGAGAUCUACAAGCACAGUGAGCGCGACAGCAUUCGCAUCCGGGCCCUGGUGGGCCUCUGCAAAUUGGGCUCGGCAGGGGGCACAGAUUUCAGCAUGAAGCAGUUUGCGGAAGGCUCUACCCUGAAGCUGGCCAAGCAGUGCCGGAAGUGGCUGUGCAAUGAGGCCAUCGAUGCCGGCACCCGCUACUGGGCAGCUGAGGGACUGGCCUUCCUCUCCUUGGAUGCGGAUGUUAAGGAGGAGCUCCUGGAGGACAAGGCUGCCCUGCAGGCUCUCUUCUGGCUGGCCAGGUCAGAGAACCGGAGCGUUCUCUUCGCAGUGGCCUCCACGCUGGUGAAUUGCACCAGCAGCUACGACCAAGAGGAGCCUGACCCCCAGAUGGUGGAGUUGGCGAAGUACGCCAAGCAACACAUCCCUGAGAAGCACCCAAAGGACAAGCCAGAGUUCGUGCGCCAACGUGUGAGGAAGCUGCUGGCCGCCGGUGUGGUGUCAGCACUCACCUGCAUGGUGAAGACUGAAAGCCCCUCCCUGAGCCCUGCCUGCCGGGAGCUGAUCUCCAGGGUGUUCCUGGCUGUCGUGGAAGACCCUGAGGACCGAGGGGCUGUGGUGGCUGCUGGAGGCGGGAAGGCACUCAUCCCUCUGGCCCUGGAAGGCACUGAAAUAGGGCAGACGAAGGCUGCGCAGGCCCUGGCAAAGAUCACAAUCACCACCGCCCCUGAGAUGGCUUUUCCGGGAGAACGGAUCUACGAGGUGGUCCGGCCCCUGGUGGGCCUCCUGCACUUGAACCGCAAUGCCCUGCAGAAUUUCGAGGGGCUGAUGGCUCUCACCAACCUGGCGGGGACCAGUGAGCGGCUCCGGCAGAAGAUUGUGAAGGAGAAGGCCGUGCCCAUGAUCGAGGGCUACAUGUUUGAGGAGCACGAAAUGAUCCGCUUGGCAGCCACUGAGUGCAUGUGCAACAUGGCACUGAGCCCAGAGGUUGGGGAGCUGUUCCUGGUGGAGGGCAGUGACCGGCUCAAGCUACUGGUCCUGUACAGCGGGGAGGACGACGAGAGGCUGCAGCGGGCAGCUUCAGGGACGCUGGCCGUCUUGACCUCAUUGCUGCCCCAGAUCUGCUCCCGCAUCCCUCAAGUGACAACUCACUGGCUGGAGAUCCUGCAGGCCCUGCUCCUCAGCCCUGGCACUGAGCUCCAGCACCGUGGGGUGGUGGUAGUGAGGAACAUGGUGGCUGCUGACAAGGAGGUGGCCGAGAAGCUGAUGGAGAGUGAGACGAUGGAGAUCCUGUCUGUUAUGGCCAAGGCCAGGGACAAGCCCCAAAUUGCCCAAGUGGCCCAGGAGUGCCUGGCGCAGGCUGUGGCUUAUGGCUUGAUCAAGCCCAACCCUCCUGCAGCUGCUGAGAAGGAGGAGGAGUGAGAGCUUCCCCCUUCCAACCUGCUUGGGCACACUGCACUGUCGCUGCUGCUGGGCACAGGCACCAGGGCACAGGAGG